AGCACACACACACACACACACACACAGUGUGUAGGAAAACUGGGGUACUUCGCUGUGCGUACUCUACUGAACAAGCAGCUCGUGUCCUAUGGCGGAUGCAGAGCCCAUGCUGGUCCCUGCCCCUGGGGGGGAGAAAAGGGCCUGCCCUGCCUUGGAGGAUGAGGUGGCCCACAGCACCAAGAGACUCAGAGUCCAGAAGGAUGAGAACAACGGAGGAGGACACUCUCACAAGCCAGCCCAGGAUGAGGCAGAAGAGCCAGAGGGGGAGGAGACAGAGCCAUUGGAAGAGGAGGAUGGAGAAGGGGCCGGGUUAGGUUCUGGAGAGGCUUUUGCAGAGAUGAUGAAGCAUGGGCUCACAGAGCUGGAUGUGGGGAUUCUGAAAUUUGUCAGUGAACACAAGGGCUUCUCUGGGAUUCUCAAGGAGAGGUACUCUGACUUUGUGGUACAUGAGGUCAACAAAGAAGGCAAGACAGUGCGGUUGGAUGAUCUCUCGGUUCCUGAGGAGGCUGAGGAAGCCAGUGUGGCAGAGCAGCCAGGGUCUGAGGUUUUCACAGAGGAGCAGAAACACGAACUUGAGCAGCUGCAGCUCUUCAAGAACAAAGAGGGCAACGUGUCCAUAGAGGUGGCGGAUGACACCAAAGAGAAACGGACCCUGGUCCACAAAGCUGUCAAGACCCUGUACCCUGGACUGGAGACCAAGACAGAGGAGCGGGAGGGAAAGAAGUUCAUCGUGGCCUACCACGCAGCCGGGCAGAAAGCACUCACAGCCCCCAGGAAACACUCCUGGCCUAAGAGCCGUGGGGCCUUCUGCCACUUUGUCCUUUACAAAGAGAACAAGGACACCAUGGAGGCCAUCAACGUGCUGUCCAAGUUCCUCAGGAUGAGGCCUAAUGUGUUCUCCUACAUGGGGACCAAGGACAAGAGAGCCAUCACUGUGCAGGAGAUUGCAGUUCUCAAGGUCAUAGUAGAAAAACUGUCUCACCUCAACAAGUGCCUCAAUAACUUCAAGCUGGGAAACUUCUGCUACAAGAAACACCCUCUGAAACUGGGGGAACUACAGGGAAAUCAUUUCACUGUGGUCAUCAGGAACAUCACCGGAACAGAUGACCAGGUCCAGCAGGCCAUGACCUCCCUCAGAGAGACGGGCUUUAUCAACUACUACGGCAUGCAGCGCUUUGGCACCACUGCCGUGCCCACACACCAGGUUGGCAAAGCCAUCCUGCAAGACAACUGGAAUGAAGUGAUAGAUCUGAUCCUGAAGCCUCGCCCUGGAGCGGAGAAAGGUUACCUGGUGAAGUGUCGUGAGGAGUGGGCCCAGUCCCAGGACCCAGAGGCAGCGCUUAAGAAGCUACCUGUGAAACGCUGUGUGGAGGGACAGCUGCUCCGAGGCCUCUCCAUGUACGGCAAGAAGAACAUCAUCACUGCAUUUUCCAUGAUCCCUCGUAACAACCGGCUGAUGUACAUCCACAGCUACCAGAGCUUUAUGUGGAACACCAUGGUCAGCAGACGCAUUGAGGCCUUCGCUGUGGAGGGAGACCUCGUGCUCAGAGGAGGCACUGCGUUCGUGCUGUCUGCAGCUGAGGCAGAGACCCACUCUAUUCAGGACGUGGUGAUGCCCCUACCAGGGUUUGAUGUCAUCUACCCCACUCACCACGUGGGUAAGGGCUACAGGGAGAUGCUGAGUGCAGAUACCCUGUGUCUUAUGUUGUCAAUGUCCAGGUUGAGGGACUACUCUCUGGCCGGGGCCUACCGACGCAUCCUCAUCAAACCCAGUGACGUCAGCUGGGAGGCGAUUAACUAUGAUGACCCUCGUAUCUCUCUGGUUCACACUGAUGUGGAGAAACUAGAGGACCAACCUCCUCCUGUCUUCAACAAAGAGGGGAAGUACAGGGCUUUGAGGAUGGAGUUCUCUCUGCCUCCCUCCACCUACGCCACCAUGGCCAUCAGAGAGGUGCUCAAGAUGGACACCAGCAUCAAGAACCAGACCCAGCUGAACACCACCUGGCUCAACUAACACAACACGGAACAAAAUUUAACUGAGCUGUAUCCAGCGAUGUCAAACGUUGCACAUAGAAAUUUUAUGAAUAGUGCUGACACGAUUCCCCUAUUCGAUAUGACGAUAAUAUCUGGUCUACACGAUACAUUUCUAUCUGAACUUUCUGUAUUGUUACUUUCUCCUCAAUAGGCCCUUGAACUGCAUAUAGGCCUAGACUACAGGGCUGUGUUUACAGGCUGCAGAGCAGUCCACACUGUAUGUGCGAGUAUCUGUAGACUGUGGGAGUGUGUUUGGUACUUUGCCAAGCCAAAAGUCAUUCCUCAAGGUGUGUCAUAGUGAUGAUGGAAAUCAUCAGAGCCACCCACACAACCAAGAGCAACAUCUCUGUUAUUAAUUUUUUUUAUCAGGAGGUUUUAAAGCGUUCCUGCACUGGUGGAGUUGAGAGAUAUGAUUUUGAAAUGAGUGACGUGCUGCCUAAGCACUUACAGGCGACGUCUAGGAGUUUCUCAGUAACCCAUGGGGGUGUUCUGAGGUAGGGCUGUAACGAUAAACCUAAAAUGAUUGAUACGGCCACUUUUGCAUGCAGCAUUUUGUUGAUACCAUUCACUACCAUAAUAGUAGCCUAUACUAGAGAAAUGAAAUGUGCUAAUAUGGGUAAUGGCUACUACAAACUAGUAGUAAUACAAAACAGUGGUGCACAUUACUGUUCUAAUCAUAGUGUUCUAUGUAUUGUUAUCGUAUCAAUUCAGGCAAUCUAUCGCAAUAUCUAUUCUCUGGAACUCUGGUAGAAAGAUUUCCUCUUUAAGGGACACCACCUCGACUCUGUCACUCACUUCCCCAAAGACGAAUAAAUAAACUUGAUGCCCCUGCUACUUCCCACAGUACUACAAUGAACUGUCCCUGAUUGUACAGAAUUGUCGUUUGCUUUUUUUAACUAAUAUGUUUAUUUAUUUUUAGAAACGAGCUCUCUUUUUUUAUAGUAACUAUUCAGCCCUAUAGUAACUAUUCAGCCCAAGAAGAUCAGUCCUAUGAAUUACAGUUCCAUCGUUAAACAGUGGGAGCAUCUACUGUCAUAAAACUAAUGUUGCUUGACUAAAACACUUUUAUUCAAUAGACAUUGACAUUUGUGUUGUGCUUUGGGGGCACUUAUUUCUGGUUGGUGGCAGUAAAGAUGCAUCUUGGCAAUGACAAAUCAGUUUUCUGUUUUGGGUUCCAGUCAGCACUGAGACAAUGCCCCGGUUGCUGCUGGUCAUGGCAGGUGCUGUGGAGCUUACCGUCUGGCAGGGUGGCUCUUGCCAGCUGGCUGUAGUUAUUGUAGUGAUUGCCUGCUAUCAGUGCCAUGGCUCCAAUCUGUGUUUGACUGGAUCCAGUCACCAGCCAGUUAACCUGGUAUACUGAGAAGGAUCUCAUGCAGUUUUACUUAAUUUUCUGUUAUGUCAUGCUCUGAAAACAAAUCUCGGUAACGGAGGACUUCAGAUUUGUUUAUAUAUUUGAAUCUGUGUUCGGGGAUAUGGAAGAAAAUCACACUAGCACAUUAUUUUCUAGCAGGACUGGUGUAACCUUGUCAGUGACCACCAUAUUUAGUUUUUUUACAUGGCCUAAGUAAGAUAUUAUACCAACUCAUACCACAAGGGAGAGAAGUUUUGACUGUUUUACUAUAUAUUUUUUAAAUUACCUCAACAUCUGCACGUCACAUUUUAUUAUUCAAUUUCAUUCUUAACAAAAUUCAAAAUGUGUAAAUGUCCACGUUCCUUGAUAUGAAAACCAAUCUAAACUGACCUGUGGUCAGGUGACACAAAUAUGUCUGCAAUAAAUACACGAUAAAUGUGUUCCUCUAAAUCCAAUAUAAAGUUGUAUUCCUCUGCAGUGUGUUUUACAGGUAUAGCUAUUUACAUUCCCUCAACUUUGCUUUAAAGUUGUGUUCCCGUCUUUCUGGCAUUGAAGUCCUUACUACUUUGUUGAAAGAUGUCUGGAACUGCUUUGAUUUAUGAGCAGAUGACCCGCUACAAACUCCUAUGUGAGUCUCCAUCCUUAUUGUACAUUGUUAUUCUAUGCACACUGCAGUAUGGAUAAGUCUACUUCUAACAGGUGAGAUGAAAUGGACUAUCUAUAAUUAUCUUUAUUGUCCCAAUUGAGAAAUGUGUAGUGCAGUCAGGGUAAAAACAAUAUAUAAAAAACAAGACUGAAACUGGCAGAGGCUAGCUAAGGUGUCAGCUAUCUCGGUCAACUGUAGAACAUCUACCACUGUGCCAAGCUGACAAUAGAGGCCACUCUCCAGCUGGUGGACAGUGUGAUGACUGGGGAAGUGAGGAACGGUAUGGCUCUGGUCAGGUGGGUUUGUAUUAUGAAGGGACAGAAUGUGGGGUGAGCUGUUGUAACUUUUCAAGGGAUAUGUUCUGUGUUGCACUGUGAUGUUAUGCCUUUCAUAGACUCCUGUUAUGUCUGCACCCUAACACAAGGCCAUUGUGUUCUGGAACUGUUGCUUGUAUAAAAUAACUUGAGUAAAUAAUAUGAUUGUGUUAUCACCUCCCACUAUAUAAGGGACAUGGAACCGUUUACUCCUGAGUUCUUCCCUGUGAAAUCAGAUCUCCCCUGCAGCUGCUUGAUUAAAGUUAUUAUACA